GUUUGGCUUAAGAAAAGGAUGUCAUUCUGAUGUGGAGUCUGGAUACUCUCUCUAUUCCACUGACUCUGAUGAUCAGGUUAAUACUAUUCAUAAUGGACUUGACCGUUGUGCAGCUUUACUGAAGAAUAUCUUACAAAAUGAUGCUACAGGUGGAUGUCAAAAUGGUACAGCUUUUAAUUAUCAAUUGCCUACCUCCACAUCAACUCUGUCCCUGCAACAUUCAGCUAAUCCCUUAUCUACUAAGUCAGAUGUUCCAGUAGACUGUGGCAAUGAAUGCGUGCCAGCGAUCGGAGCACCUGUGAUGUGCCCGGUAGUUUCUGCUGCUCCUCCCACUGCUGCGCAAAUACAGUCUGCCACCGCUCCUCCUCGUGUGAUCUCCUGUAUACCAUCAGGUCCAUCAGAUAACUCUACAGUGCCUAUGUUCGUCCCAUUGUCUGCUGGCAGAGAGAUGACCCCAAACCAUGGGCAACAGAUAAACGAAGCAGACUUGAUAAGGUGCAUACAAGCUCACUUGGCCCUGUUACAAUCACAUGAGAUGAUGAACAGCAGGACUGAACAGAAGUGCCAUCAUUGUCCAGCAAAACCUAAUGCUUCAAGCAACAAGGAGGAGGAUAUUUCUGAAGAAGACAGGGAGGACAUGGUCAGCGACGAAGAUGAAAUGAAUGUACUUGAUGUCGCCCCAGUGAGAGAUAAAAGCUGUAAGGUGAAUUUUGUGAAGAAAGUACAAAAAACCAGAAUAGAAAGCCCAGAAGAAACAGACCAUAAAGUUAAGACAGUAAAAUACCUUCUGGGAGAGCUCAGAGCACUGGUAACAGAUCAAGAUGAUUUGGAAAUGUUAAGGUUGAUGAGUGAAAUAGAAGACAGCAUAUCAUUGCUCCCAGCUGUAGUGGGAAGUACGAAUAUACAAGCUGAAAUAGCACUAGCUUUACAGCCUCUCAGAAGUGAAAAUGCCCAGCUACGUAGGAGAAUAAGAAUAUUAAACCAGCAACUCUGGGAACGAGAACGAAGUGAAAAGGCAGCUGGACAGAGCUGCAACUAUGAAUUAGUUUCUUUGCAGUCCUUGAAUCUGAUGCUCCAGAGUCAAUUGAAGGAAUCGCUGAAGGGCCUUGAGUCACUGCAGGCGAAAAAUGAAGAACUACUUAAAAUAAUAGAAAGUCAGAAAGAAGAAAAUAAACAUCUUGCAAAAGUUAUUCAAGAUAAAGAACAAGAAUUACUUGAAAACAAACAGCAUUAUGACAUUCAUUCCACAAAGCUCAAGAUUGAAGUGGAAGAGGCAUUAGCCAACGAGAAGAGCCUUCAGUUUAGGUUGGAAGCUUCAGAGAAAGAAAACAAGAUUCUGGGCAUAACAUUACGUCAGCGUGAUGCAGAAGUUAACAGACUGCGUGAGUUAACCAGAACCUUGCAGGGCAGUAUGGCCAAGCUUCUGUCUGACCUCACAGUAGACAACAUUAAACCCAAACCUGAAAAGGGUCUCUCGAAGUCUCUUUUGGAAGACCAUGAAAAGCAGAUGCAACCUGAUCCGUUUCCUGGGAGUACUUCGGUAAUGACCUACCUUAAAAAACUAGAAAUGGAUCAUAUUCUGACAGAUAAGGAACUUCAGUGCUCAAAUAAAAGUGGAGGACUAGAACUGCAAAAUCUAGCUUAUGAGAAGUUUGCUGCUGAAGGAGGUAAAAUAAACAGUAUGUUCUCAGAAGAAGGAACAUCAGCUCCCAGGUUACUGCUAACCGCACUGAAGCACGAUGCAGACACCGUUAGUGAUUCUGGGACUUUACUAGAUGAGCCAAACAAGUUGGAUGAGACUCUUUAUAUUCCACUGACUAGCAGUGCCUCUAAAAAACAGCAGUCAAUGUCUGAAAGAACUGCUGUGCUACCCCAAAGUAGAGGGGCUUGUAAGAUGUUGGACUACCACCACGAACUCUCAAACUCAGUGCAGCAGAAUGGAUGUGAGACUGCAAAGGAUCCAGCUAUUCUGGAUAAAUUAAGUGCUGGGUACAGUGUGGAAAAGGUGCUGGAAAACACACUUGAAGUUACAGGGGAUAAAGUGAAUCCAGAAGGAGACAAAAUCCAAAUGAGGCCAAAGGGCACUCCAAGCGGGGCUGCAAAAAUGUUCACAGACAAGCCAGACCAACCUCAGCCUGGUACAUACUCUCACGUCCCGAUGCUAUUUCAGAAGGAGAUUUCUCAGAAAAAAGGCAGUGCAAUAGCUGAUUUUAGUUCCAUUUCGUUUGAUGUAUCAGGGAAGUCUGAAUGGAGUGCAUCUUCUUUCUCAACAUUUACUUCUCAAGAUGAAGAGGAAUUCAGGAACAGCUUAGCGGCUUUGGAUGCCAACAUAGCUAGGUUACAAAGAACUCUGCAAAACAGCAUUAUGAAACAGUGA